AUGACCGAGGAAACGCUCAGGAAUGUGAUGAAUGUCGAGACGGUGUAUCACGAGGUCAACUCCAAGAACGCUUGGGCGGCUUUCUAUCAGGACAUACGUAAUAAGUGUGAAAGUUUUGAAUAUACAUGCAAUGAAUCAAAAAAACCACAAAACAAAAAUUUGAAUCGCUACAGAGAUGUGGCGCCAUACGAUCAUACUAGGAUUAUACUUAAAAGAGGUGUAUGUGAUUACAUUCACGCCAACCUCAUACGGGUGGAUCAUGCUGAAAGGCAAUAUAUCUUGACGCAAGGACCUUUGCCAAAUACUGUCAGUCACUUUUGGCUAAUGGUAUGGGAGCAAAAUAGUAGAGCUGUAUUAAUGUUAAAUAAAAUAAUUGAGAAGAACCAAAUCAAAUGCCAUCAAUAUUUUCCACUGGAUGAUAUAAAGCCUACCAUGGUAUUUGAGGACGUCAAUAUAAGGGUAGAUUAUAUCAGCAAGACAGAAUCAUCCGAUUAUACUACUAGGACAUUACGUAUAACGGAUUUGGAAAGUAACGAUAGUAGAGAAAUCUUACAUUUUCAUUAUACUACUUGGCCAGACUUUGGAGUACCGCAACGUCCAACGGCCUUUCUACGUUUUUUGGCAGAUGUCAGGCAAUCAGGAGCAUUAGAUCAAAAUGUUGGCCCUCCUGUCGUACAUUGUUCCGCAGGGAUAGGAAGAUCGGGAACAUUUUGCUUGGUUGAUGCAUGUCUAGUACUAAUUGAAAAAUAUGGUUUAAAUGCUCUGGAUGUACGGCACGAAUUGAUAGAAAUGAGACGAUCUCGUAUGGGUUUGAUACAAACACCUGAACAACUUUGUUUUUCAUAUUCUGCCAUCAUUCAAGGAGCAAAACAAUUACCUCUUAAUAAUAUGAAUAUUAGUGACAACGAAAUAACGACUCAUGAUGAAAUAAUAACGAUGUAUGACGAGAUGAAUAAUAAGAAUAAUUCUUCGUUAGAAAAAGACGAUGAACCUCCUCCUUUACCACCUCCAAGAGGAGAAUCUUUAACGCGUAGUAUGAUGGCAGAUCUAAGCCCGGAUGGGUCAACUGAUAAUGAUGAAUUAGGUGGACCACCUGAUAAACCACUACCAAGUGAACCACCAAAUCAUGUAGAAUUAUCUACAGAUAUGAAGUCUACAUCUGUUACAAAUUGUAUAGGCGAACAAAACGCGGAUGAUGUCGCUGUACCUGAUGAGACUCUUUCCGAUGACGCUGAGAAUUCCAGUUUAACAAACAAUUCUCCGUCCAAUUCAGACGCGAAAGGGGAACUACGUCGACGUAAAACGGAAAAGAUUGAACGAUUAGCGACACAAGUACGUGAGAUGAAACGUCGGCAGAAGGAAAUGGAAGAAUGGCAGAAAUUCAAGAGGUCAUUAUUUAAUCCCUGUAAAAUAUGCUUCGGCAUUGGAAUCGGUGGGGGUAUUAUAGCGAUUUGUUACUAUCUGUACAUGCGUAGUUAAAUCUACCGUAUCACAUUUAAGAAUAUAUGCAUCGUAUAUAUGCAUCAUCUUGUAAACUGUCAGUAACAUUUCGAUGACUUGCAUAAUCGAGGAAGAUUACUGUUAACAUGUGAUCCUAUUGUGAGGUUUUAGCAACUUCUUAAUCCUGACUGCAACAUUUUCAAAGGAAUAACUGAACGGUUUUAUAUCAUACAAUCGAUAGUAAUAAUCAAAUAGCAAUACCGCAAAUCACAAUUUCCACUAUCGAAAGAAUAAGUAUAAUGAAAAAGAAACAAUAGAGAAAACAAUGAGAGAAAAAAGAGAUAAUGCUGAGAAGUUCAAAAUAGUGCAUUUUUAGAGUGCACAGUUACACAUUUGAACUGUAAGAAGAGAAGUAGAUGCAGAUG